UAACUAAGAAUUUCUCUAUUUUUUUCAACAUUUUUAUUUUUAAUAUUAAGAAGUUUCUUUUCUUACGUGAUACGCGUGAUGUAUCGUUUAUCCUUAUUAUUCACAUAUUAAACAAGAAUAAAUGAUGCACGAUUAUACGUAUACGGCAAGAAACGUAUCCUUAAUUCUUGUGAUCCAUUUUAUGUUUUGUGUUAUCAGCUGACUCUACAAGUGAGAAUUUAUAAAUGAAGACUUUAAAUGAGAAUUAAGAAUAGACAAGUUGCAAAAAAUCAUCAAUCCUGAAUACAAAAAAACAUAGUUUGACUGUAUUAAUUACAUUAUGGCGAUGCGUCGAAUUCUUGGAAAAUUAUGGGAAAAUAUAUAUCCUGCGAUGUACACAUCAGGUAUAUUAUUUGCACAUUGUACUUCGUUUGAUAAGCCUAACGAAAAUGAUAGGUUAAAUCUAGACCCACCGGAUAUAAAAAAACUAACUCAUGAAUACAUGAUAAAACAAUCUGCAUUGAAUACUGUCAACAGUGCAACUCAGGCAUUGACUGUUACUUAUAUGGCUAUAAUAGAUCUAAGUGUUACAUAUAGAACAUUAUUGAACGAACUCAUUUCUCUUCUUGAAGAAACUCUAAUCCGUAAUGUGAAUGAUGCACACUGGGAUUUGAUCGUAGAGAUACGGAAUAAAAUGCAAGAUAAGAAACAAGAGAUUAUGCGCUUUGCCACCUACAUGGACUAUGUACACAAAAUGGCAGUAACCAGCGCAGAACUAAGUUACAUGUGCGGGAUGGAUAGUUUGACUAGCACACUUCAACAGAGGAUAGAGGAUGCAUUGAAGAGAGUGAAAAUGGAGAUUGAUAGCAAUCUAGAGUUAGAACGAACAUACUGGCAUAUACAGGAACAGUGCAUUAAAGGCAAUAAGAAAAUAACUGAGAAAAAACAAUAAACUUUUCUAGAAAAAGAA